AUGAGUCAACGUUCAGUAAUAAUUAUUGGAGAUAAAGGAGUAGGAAAAACAACCUUGAUGUACAAAUUUUUAGAAAAAGAUGAAGUAACUAAGCCCACAUUAGCAAUGGACUAUUGUUUUGGUCGUAAAACAUCUAAACAAAUGACAAAAGAUCUUAUCCAUGUCUGGGAAAUUGGUCAUUUAGCUCCUUCUUUAAUUAGUGCUGCACUUGCAGGAGCUUUUUCAAUACAUCCUAUGGAAUUGACAACUCUUAUCAUCAUGAUUAAUCUUUCGACUCCUGAAAAACUUUGGUAUACACUUGAAGAGUGUUUGACAGCUGCUAAAAAUGCUAUAACUAUGAUAUGUGAUUCUAAUACCAUUGAAGCUUUGAUAGAGAAACGUAAAAAAGCAUCUACAGCAGGUUAUGCCAAAUUUAUUGAUCCUUUUCCAUUAAACUUGUCGAUUGUUGGUGGACAGUAUGAUAAAAUAAAGAAUUUAGAAUUAUCGACUAAAGAGUUAAUUGGCAAGACACUACGUGCUAUUUCCUUUCAUCUGAAAGCUGAUCUCCAAUAUUAUUCAUCCAAAGACAACACUUUGGUUCGGAAAAUGCGUGAAUCAAUGUCUCAUUAUGGUUUCGAUAGUUCAUCAAUAAAAGACAGUCAACUUGAUUAUAAAAACGCUUUAAUAAUACCAGCAAGUAGUGCUGAUUUUUCUGCAAUAGAAUUUCAAAAUUAUUCCCUAGAUCACCCGGAAUUAUUUUUUGAUACAAUUAAAUCUAUUUAUUUAGACCAAUUUGCGGAGAAGGAAAUUGAAACGAAUCUUGAAGCAAUGAUGAAUUGGAAUUCUGAUAAAAAUAUUGUUGUUAUUGCUGAUCCUCAUUGA